CCUUUGCAAGCGGAUAAGGCCAGAUACCGUACUAGAAAGGGUGACAUAGCAACUAAUGUUUUAGGGGUUUGUUCUCAAGAUGGUCAGUUUAUUUUUGUCUUGCCUGGUUGGGAGGGAUCAGCAGCAGAUUCUAGGGUUCUAACAGAUGUCAUAAGUCGUACAAACGGUUUGAAGGUUCCUAAAAGAUACUAUUACCUAUGUGAUGCUGGUUACAUGAAUGGGGAAAGUUUCCUUACGCCAUACAGAGGACAACGAUAUCAUCUUAGUGAAUGGAGGCACGGUGCCCAACCAAGGACAGUCGAAGAAUUUUUUAAUAUGAAACAUUCCUCUGCAAGGAAUGUCAUUGAACGCUGCUUCGGAAUGCUUAAGGGUCGUUGGGAAAUUGUACACUCGAAGUCAUUUUAUCCCGUUAAAACGCAAUGCAGGAUUAUAAGCGUGUGUUGCUUGCUUCAUAACCAUAUAAGGAGAGAGAUGUCAGUGGACCCAUUGGAAGCUGAAGAAGCGGACAUAGCAACUAAUGCUGAAAAUGGCAUGGGAGGAAUUGAUUUGAUUACUCAUGUAAAGUCAUCUAAUGCAUGGACACUGCGGAGGGAUGAAAUGCCUCAAAACAUGUUUAACACCUGGAGGAAUCGUGUUUGAAUUUCUGGCUGUUUUCACCAAUCAUUGUUCAAUUUGUGUUUUCUUUCCAUUGUGUGGUUAUGUAAACCUUAUUACGCUAUUUCCCUUUAUGUUGUAAUUUUCGGUACUUUCACAAACAUUGUGCCAUUGUACUUAAAUUAUUGAAAUUUCCGGUGUUUAUGUUUAGGGUUGUUUAUGCAACUGUCCAUAUCACUGAUGCAUACAUUGUUAUUAUCAUGUCAUAGAAAUGUUAAUGUUGUUGU